AUGGCCAACCGAGACCCUAACGGUAGACCGGUGUGCCCUAUAAAACCUGCCUCCAAAGUUUCCAAUACUGCAGUUCGAGGUCAGGGUACUGCUGGCAAAGGGACGGUGGGCAAAGCCGCUUCAGUAAAAGGGGGUGUGCCGGACAAGCGCAAGUCCUUUAGUGACGGCCGAGUCCAAGGCGCAGUUGUCAAGUCUGGCAAGAGCACAGGUUUGAAAAGUGGAAACAAGCCCACACCUGCAAAGGGUAUCACGGCAUCCGAGUACACUACUAACAAGGGAAACAGCAAGGGCAACGCGGUUUCAUUUUGGAUGAAAAAGUUCGGGUAUGCGGAAAAGUAA